CAAGACGAGUGCAGCGGCUAGUGAGGCUCGAGUCGCGAGCGCAAUCGGUCUAGUGCGUCAGUCGGCCGCGUGUGCGUGAAAAUCGGCGCGUGUUAUUAUUUGUGAAAUUAGUGAAUUGAAUCUUAUCGGUUGAUGAACGAUCGAGGACAAUUACAAGUGGAUAUACUCGAAGAAGAAGAAAAACGAACAUCUGUGCGCUUCGGAAUCACUAAUCUUGCGAAAAAGAUUUCGACUGGAGCCCGCGACGAGAAAGAGAGAGAAAUUGAAUUCCGACGACACGACCAGAUGCGGGCUUUCAUCUCCAUUGAUCGCGCCGGGAACAGCCACAAGGCCGCGUGCGAUUAACAUCCAAAAAUGCAGCCCGCGAUCAUUCCGGUGAUCAUCAGGGUGUUUGGCGAGGGUGGCGCUGCCACGGACGUGCCCGUGACCCCUGAAACCACAUGCCGUGACCUGGUCGAGUGCACCAGAGACCCUGGAGAUGAAGACUGCUGCAUGGUCGAGCUGUGGCGCGAUUGUGAGCGAACGCUGCGUGAGGAUGACAGACCCCUGGAGAUUUUGCAGGAAUGGGGUUGCCACAGGGACGAAGUCAAGUUCGUCCUCCGCUACACCGUCGCCGCACCUGCCCAGCAGAGCAAGGCCCCGAGGAAAGUCACCGUGCGCAGCAGAAAACGAGGAGCUCGGAAUAAUUCACCGAGCAAUGGUGGAAUGAAGGAACCCGGACCUCUCUGUGAUUUGCUGCCGGAGGGGGCAGGAUUGACGCUGAGCGAGCUGCGCGAGAUGGCAGGUCGACAGCAGCGUCAGAUCGACUCGCAGCGGCAGUUGUUGGCCGCCAAGGAGCAAAGGUUGCUCUUCCUGAAGCAGCAGGACGCGCGCAGCCACGCGGCCGCCGCCGAGCAGGAGCGGCUGCGUCGCCUCCGCGCCAGGGUCGAGGCGCAGGAACUCAAGUUGCGAAAGCUGCGUGCCCUGCGAGGUCAGGUCGACCAGCAGCGCGGCUCAAACGGCGCCCUCACGUCCGACUUGGACUCGAUACGAGCUUUGUUCAAUGAGAAGGAAAAGGAGCUUUGCAUGGCCGUGGCCAAAGUGGAAGAGCUGACCCGGCAACUGGAGGAGGUCAAGAGGGGCCGCGCCGCCUCCGCCGGAGCCAACAACGCCAAUAAUGGACCCUCGGUGGCUGCUCUCGAAUUGGAGAAACUUCGCCGCGAAUUGAUGUACCGCAACAAACUAAAUGAGCAGCAGAGUCAAAAAUUGAGUCAGCAGCGGGACGCGAUCACGGCGAGACAUGACGAGAUGGCUCGGAUCGACGCUCGAAUCUCCGAGUUGCAGGAACGUCUGCACCGAAAACGCAUCCUGAACCAGCAGUUGGCGUCCCAGUUGGCGCAGCAACAGGCCGGCGGCCCUCAGGUGCUGAACCUGAACUCGGCGGCGCCCAGAGCGUCGAGCAGGCCCAACAUCGCGGCGGUGGAGCCGUUUUUGCGGCGGCGAAACCCGCCGCUGGCCCCCGAGGCGCCGCCGCCGCAGCUCAGCAAAAGCGACCCCAAGUACCAGACGUUGCCAUACAACACCAAGUUCGCGGCCUCGCUGGCCGCCGGCCGCGCGGCCAACAAGGCGGCCGAGCUGCAGAACAACCAGGACCAGCAGCCGCACCUCAUCAACAAUAACAACAACGUCAACAACAACAACAAUUACAACAACAUGGUCAACUUGGUGCACAGUGCGCCGGCGGUGGCCAACGCCAAAAAGGGACACGCCAUCGGCAUGAAUCAGGAGCAGCAGGAGUCGAACGCAAACCAACAUCAACAGCAGCAACAACAACAACAAAGGCUACAAAGUGGCCCAGCCUACGUGCCUCCACCUCCACCUCCUGCUGGUUCCAGGGGCCAGCCAGUGGGCGGCUCCGGCAACGGGGCCCGAGGGUCCCACCGACUCAGUGGGGCGGAAUUGGCCCUGAAUGUGGCCUCGAUGGUGCAACAGGUGGCCGGCGCCAGUCACCCGCCCCAUGCAGGUCAGCCGCAGCAGCAACAAGAGCCGGUGACCUCAACCCCCAGCACCCCACUCUCCACGCAACAGCGCCCUGUGAGCAGCGUGGCUCCAUCAGUGGUGACCACCCCCAACCAGCAGCAGCAGGCGCAGCAACCCCAUGCACAAAAGCCGUCCCCCAUCUAUCAGGGCAAAACGCAAACGACAGGGGCUGUACCACAAAACCUCACCCUGUCUCCACCUCAAAGUACCUCAACUCCCAUCGGCACCCCCGAGGUCAACCCCGAGAGCACUACGGCCAAAACGCGCCCGGCGCUGCCCCCAAAGCCCGCACCCCCGCCGCGCCUCCUGCAGCAAAUUUUGCAGCAGCAGCAGCAAAACUCGCAGCAGAACGCGCCCAACGAGGAGCCCAACUCGCCCCCGCCGCCCCCAGCGACGGACCCCCCUGCGGAGGAGCCAUCGACCCCGCCCGGCAAGCGGCAGAACAGUGAGUUGCCCAUUAAGGCUCGCCCUUUGGCGCUCAAAAAACCUUUGAUGGCAGUCGAGCAGCCCAAGCUGAAGGCCUCGGUCGCCAGCAACCGGCGAAUCGAAAUGCCCCCCGCCUUCCUCUUCCCCGAAAACGAGCCGCCGCCGGCUGACCUCAGCCCCCACUUGGCCGACCCUCCCCUGAAGGAGACGUCGGUCGACGAGCCGGACAGAGUCAUGCCCAACGAGGAGAAAAUGGACAACGUCGACCUCAUGAACAACAUCAACCAAGAACAUCUUUCCGGAGAGCAACUGGUAAAGCGCGCGAGAAAAGGUGGCCUUAAAAUGAAAGGCGCUUCCAAAGCUCAGGCUGCGAUGAGAAGGGUGAGUUUUGAUCCCUUGGCACUGCUGCUGGACGCCUCACUUGAAGGAGAACUGGAGCUGGUCAAGAGAACAGCGACCCAGGUGACCAACCCAAGUGCAGCCAACGACGAGGGCAUCACUGCCCUUCACAAUGCGAUUUGCGCCGGCCACUUUGAAAUAGUCAAGUUUCUUGUGCAGUUCGGGUGUGAUGUGAAUGCUCAGGACAGUGAUGGCUGGACCCCUCUUCACUGUGCGGCCUCUUGCAACAACCUUGCCAUGGUCAAAUUUCUGGUGGAGCACGGCGCCUGCAUUUUCGCCACAACCCAUUCCGAUAUUGAAACGGCAGCAGAAAAGUGUGAGGAGGAUGAGGAAGGUUUUGACGGAUGCUCCGAGUACCUGUACAGUGUGCAAGAGAAGUUGGGAAUCUUGAAUCAGGGCGCUGUGUACGCCGUGUACGACUACGAAGCUCACAACACCGACGAGCUCAGUUUCAACGACGGGGACCAGUUGGUGGUUCUCAGAAAGGGCGAUGAGCUCGAGAGAGAAUGGUGGUGGUCCAAGAUUGGCAGCAAGGAAGGAUAUGUCCCUCGCAACCUUUUGGGGCUUUAUCCGAGAGUGAAACCGAGCAAGGUGGAAUGACAGAAGUUGAGGACGAGGCGCGAAGGCCGUCACAGCAUCCUUUGAGCCGAGUUGAGAGUCGAGAGCUGCAGCCGUGGGACCAGUUCAAGUAUACACAAAAAAGAACUAGUGGGAUUCAAAUAUCUGCGCGUAGGAAUUGUGCCUUCAAAUCAGUACUUGUUAGUGCAUGGGUGAGAAAGAAACGAUUGAGUAAUAAAAAGGCGAACUAAAGAUGAAAUGUAAAGGAUCAGUGGUAAUAGACUUGGAAAAUGUACUUGAAGUUGAGUAUUUGUUGUUGUAUUAUACAUAAAAAAAUGUUAUUAUAAAUAUUAUAUACGACGCGACUAAGCAAAAUGGAAAUAUUUUAUAUAAAUACAGAUAUUACGAUAUGUAAAAUGCUCUAGCCUAUAAAAUCAUCAUGUUUAUAAGCUAGUCAAGCAUGUAUGAUUUGAGACAAAUGAUAUAUAUCACCGGACAAGAAACUCGCGCACCUGCUUUUCUUUCCCCACUUGCCCCUCAAAUGAGUGUUUGUAACAAUUAUCGUUGUUGAAGAAAAUCGCAAAAAUUCAAUCUUGUAAAUCUAAAAUUAUUGCUAAGAGAAACGAUUUUGGUUAUGUGCCUUAAAAAAAAAUACCCUUCCUUGGAUAUUUCUGUGCCCCCACCUGAUAUAAUAUAAACUCAUUAUGAAUGCUUCGAAUUUAUAAUUGUACUUAUGCUUAUUACGCAGCAAGUUGUGACCAAAGUAAUAU